AGUUGGGGGAGGAGACGCUGAGAGCGGCUGGGAUGAUGGCUGAUGAAGAGGAAGAAGCGAAGCACGUCUUGCAGAAAUUGCAGGGACUGGUGGAUCGGCUCUACUGUUUUCGAGACAGUUACUUUGAGACACAUAGUGUCGAAGAUGCAGGACGGAAGCAGCAGGAUGUACAGGAAGAGAUGGAGAAGACCCUGCAGCAGAUGGAGGAAGUACUCGGUUCUGCCCAGGUUGAGGCACAGGCUCUGAUGCUGAAGGGGAAGGCACUGAAUGUGACUCCUGAUUAUAGCCCUGAGGCCGAGGUGCUUCUCUCCAAGGCCGUGAAGCUGGAGCCUGAGCUGGUGGAAGCCUGGAACCAGCUGGGUGAGGUGUACUGGAAGAAAGGAGAUGUCGCGUCUGCCCACACCUGCUUCUCAGGAGCCCUCACCCACUGCAAGAACAAAGUCUCUCUGCAGAACUUGUCCAUGGUGCUCCGCCAGCUGCAGACCGACUCUGGAGAUGAACAUUCUCGCCACGUCAUGGACAGCGUCCGGCAGGCUAAGUUGGCCGUGCAGAUGGAUGUCCUUGAUGGCCGCUCCUGGUGUGAGUGUUAGGAGAACAUCUCCUGGUUUGUACGCUAGUGGCUUUCAGCCAUGACUACAUACUAGAGUCACCUGGAGUCCAGCUGUGUUGUCUGACUUGAGGCCAUCUUUGUUUAAAACAAGCCCUAAACUUUUUAAAAAAAAUAAUUGUGCAUGGUGUAUGCAUUUGUGAUUGCCUGUGCACAUGUGGAUGCCAGAAGACAUUAACAACAUUCCUAGGUACUCUUACCCACUGAGGUGUUUCUUCAGCACCUCUAAACUUACUUUGAUGAACUGCUGUUUUUGGAAUUCUUUUUUUUUUUUUUCGAGACAGGCUUUCUCUGUAGCCCUGGCAGUCCUGGAACUCACUCUGUAGACCAGGCUGGCCUCGAACUCAGAAAUCCGCCUGCCUCUGCCUCCCGAGUGCUGGGAUUAAAGGCGUGCACCACCACUGCCCGGCCUGUUUUUGGAAUUCUUAGAUCUCUUGAUUUAAGAGAGGAAGCGUAUGUUUCCCUGUAAGCAGUGCAGAAGUCCUCCUUUGCCUUCUGCUGCUGUGAUGACCAUCAUGACCAGAAGCACUGGGAGGAAAGCAUUUAUUUCAGCCUUUAGCUUGUCAUCCACUGUGAAGGGAAGCUGGGGCAGGAACUCAAGGCAGGAACCUGGAGACAGGAAUUGAAGCAGAGGGUGUGGAGAAGUAUCGCUUACAAGUUUGCUUUCCAGGCUCAUGGUUUACCUGGUUUCUUAUAAAACGCAGAACCACCUGUCCAGGUGUGGCAUUGUCCACAGGAGGUUGAAUCCUCUCAUAUCAGUCACUAAUCAAGAAAAUGCCCCACAGAUACACCUGUAGUCCAAUUUGGUGGAGUCAUCUUAUCAAUUGAAUUGUCCCUAUUCUCAGACAACUCUAGCUUGCAUUGAGACCUCCCCUCAAAACAAAACAAAAAUCAGCAUAAAGGACAACCCCCAACCUCAAACUAAAUCUGACAGGGUUUUUGUCAAAUCUGUUCAUCUUUGUUUUUGGGCGUCCAUGUUUAUCUCUUUAUCUCAGUAGAAUUUUAACUGAUCAAUACCUGGUUUAAAUGAGAAGUAGGGUCUUUCAGAAACGGACUUCUGAAACCCAGGAGGUAGAAGCAGGUGGACCUUUGUUAGUUUGAGGCCAACCAGGGCUACAUUGGUGAGACCCUGACACAGGAAAAAGAAAAAAGGCUGGAGAGAUGGCUUAGUGGUUAAGAGCACUGGCUGCUCUUCCAAAGGAUCCAGGUUCAAUUCCCAGCACUCACAGGGCAGCUCACAGCUAUCUGUAACUCCAGUUAUAAGGAUCUGAUGCCUGCUUCUGACCUUUACAGGUACUACAUGGUGUAGUGCAUUGGCAUACAUGCAGGCAAAAUACUCAUACACAUGAAAUAAAAAUAAAUUCUUUUCUUUUUAAUAUAUAAAGAAACUUCUGGAAGCACAAGACCUGCAUACUACUGGGCCCAUUUGGUUUUGUUUUUUGUUUUUCCAGUAGUAGGGCUUAUAAGAUCCCCACCUCUCCUGAGGGUGUGUAGGCAGUUAAUGGUGGUUGGGGGUGGGAGAGUCAUUUUGUCCAGUGUUGUGACCACUGGUACGGGGUCAGGUACAUAACCAUACCCAUGCCCUUCUAAGCAUUAAAAUGAACAUAGAUGCGAAAGUAGAAGAGGCAGAUGGGAAAGGGGAUCAGUGAACAGGGAAGGGGGACAGGAAGGGGAUGAUGGAGGAUAGAAAUAUAAUCUACAGUUUGUGCGUGUAUGGAAAUGUCAUAGUGAAACUCAUGAUUAUAUACAAUAAUCUAUGUUAAUAAAAACUUUAAACAUACAGA